UAGAGCGGCACGGACGGCUACGAUUGACCAUACUAUUUUUCUUUAAAACGAACUCACUCAAAUUUCGAAAAUAAGCGCUUACAAUAAAAGAGGCAUUAUAAUAUUAUAACGAAAUCAUGGAACCUUGCGAGAAUCGAUCACAAGAGAAAAUGCAAGAAGGUGAAUAUGGUUUCUUUUGGCAAGAUUAUCUUGAUGCCACAGAAAGCGUGGAAGUACCACAAAUUAUGUUUCCACAUGUGGAGCUGACACUUCAAAGCGGCAUUGAAAUUGGCAUGUCUCUUGAAGUGCCAGUUUCAAAAAAUACAAAUGAAGAAGAUAUUAAAUAUUGGGUAGCUUCUAUUGUAGUAGCAUGUGGCCCUUUAUUACGGCUACGAUAUUUUGGUGGAGAUGAUAGAUCGUUGGAAUUUUGGUUCAAUCUUACUAAAGAGGCUGCUCAUGAACUUGGUUGGUGUGUAAAAAAUAAUAAAAAGUUAGAACCACCUGAUAUUGUGCUCCAAAGAUCGCCAGAUUGUAUGGAAACAUUACCUGAAUUCUUAAAAACAGCUCGUACUGUUCCAUCAGAAAUGUUGUCAGGAGAAGGACUAAGCAUGACGGAAAGAAUUAAACAAGGCAUGAAAGUUGAAGUUAGUGAUAUACUACAUCCUUACAAAUUAUGGGUUGCUACGAUCAUAGAGAAUGUAGGAGGACGACUUCUAUUAAGAUAUGAUACUCCUGGUUCAUCACGUAAAGACUUUUGGAUGUUUUGUACAUCAGAACACCUUCAUCCAUAUGGAUUUGCAUCUAAAUCAGACUCUAAUUGGUUUCUAGAACCUCCUAGUUCUAUAGUAGAUUUGCACACAUAUGAGGAAUGGAAGGACCUGUUAGAGUCCACACCAAAAAAUUAUGAUCUUCCAGAAGAGUUAUUUAAUAACUUUGUAGAACAUCCCAAACAUGAAUUUAAAGUUGGCAUGAAAGUGGAAGCUUUAAGUCCCACCAAUCAAAUAAAUAUAUGUCCAGCUACUGUCAUUAAAGUAUUCGAUGAUACUUACUUUCUUGUACAUAUUGAUACUUAUAAUGAAUCAUCAAAAGGAAUUGAUCUUGAAGCAUGUACAUACAACAGUACAGAAAAAAAUACUUGGCUUUGUACAGCAGAAUAUCCAUAUAUAUUUCCAGUUGGAUGGGCAAAGAAACAUAAUAUCAAAAUAGUACACCCGAAUGGUUGGACUUCAAAAGAAGACGAAUUCGACUGGGAUGAAUAUUUAAGAGACACCCAAACAACUGCUGCAGAAGAGACUCUAUUUCCUGAGAGGCAAAGUGCCACUGAUGCAGGCUUUGAAUGUGGUAUGCGGUUAGAAGCAGUUGAUCCAGAGUCCGAAAAUGUGAUUUGCGCAGCGCACAUUACAAAAAUCGUUGACAAUCUUUUAUGGUUGAAAUUAGACAAUUACGAAAACACAAAACCGGAACAUAUAGUUGACAUGCAUUCCUUGCAAAUAUUUCCUGUUGGAUGGUGCGAAUCUAAUCAUUAUCCAUUGAAACCGCCAAAAGACUAUAUAGAAAUCUGUAAGAAGUUACAAAUGCCUGAGAAAGAAGACAAAAAGAACAAUGUUUUGGAUAUACCAAUAUCUGAACCGCGUUCAUCACUGUGGUGUCCAAAGAUAUAUUUCAAUUACCGGUGUUUUACUGGUCCUAUGAUUUCCAAAGGAAAAUUAGCAACUUUACCGAAAGCAGUAGGACCUGGUCCAGUAAUUUUAGUUAUGAGAGAAGUAUUAUCAAUGAUCGUGUCCGUUGGGUAUAGAAGCGCUCGUAUUCUAAAAGUACUUCAGUGUGACUCGAAGCCGGAUCCUGGAUACCAUUUAGAAGUUUUAAAAGCAAAGCAUAAAAAUAAUACAUAUCGCGCUAGUGUUGCUGUUGUAACAUCUGGAGACAUGGUAGCUGAUUUUUGUAGAAACAUUUGUAGGAAAUUAAUGGUGUGCCCAAAUUUAUUUGGCCCUUUAUAUGUACCCGAAAACGAAUGUCCAGAUAAAUGUCAUAAGACUUCCAAAACAAAAUUCACAGCAUCCAUGGGUACCGGCAGAAGAGGUAAGCCAAAGGGUUACACAAGUAUCAUGGUGCAGAAACCAAAACCAUGGGGUGGUAGACGAAAAAGGAGACGUGGUAGAUGGGCGAACAGAGAAAAGGAAACUCACGAUGACUUCGAUCAAGAGGACGAAAUGCCAUUCAUGUCAUUGGAUCUGGCUAAACAUGUAUCAGGGGUUGAGGAAACCCUUGAUGGACGGCCACCUCUUUCUGAAAUAGAUAUCAUGAUUCAGAAAGGUUUGGAAAAAGGAGAGAAAUCUGAUGAAUUUAAAACAGAGCCGCCAUCGAGUAACGCAUCAGAAGAUUCUGGAAGUUCGUUUAAUGAUAACAGAAAAACAAAAGAUAGAGAAAGCCCUAAUAGUUUAAGCAAUAAACAACAUUCGACGAAAUAUAACCAAAGUAAUGCCAUUACUAGAGCAAACAAGAGGGAGCGUGAUUGGGAUACAAGUAUCGAAUCUGAUUGUUCGGAUGCGGAUGCAGAAUAUGUGAGAAUGCAGAAGAAACAAAGACGGCCAAAAACGCGAAAGCUCGAUUCGAAUCCAUUAUUCUGGACCGUAGAUGAUGUUUUCAGAUAUUUGAGAAAAACGAACGAUUGCAAAGACAUUGCAUACAGAGUGAGACAAGAGGAGAUUGAUGGACUUGCGUUUUUAUUGUUAAAUUUGCCAUCUCUAACGCAACAUAUGAAACUUCGAACUAGUCUAGCAAUGAAACUUUGUCGUCACGUUGAACAAGUUAAAGUUACAUUCUUUUUACGACAUAUUAAUGAGACAGAACCAGAACAGUAUCAAAUUAUGUAAUUUUAAAAACUAGGAAUUCAAUUCGUUAUAUUAUUUAUAUAGUGUAAUACAGUGAUAAGCAAUUGCACCUGUAUGGAGGGCACUCGCGGGCACCAGUAGAAAGUAGCCUGCAAGCCCUGUAUUCGUCUAAUUAUCAGAAGUGGGCAGAUCGUAAAUUAUCCUAGGUAAUUUCCUAGGCUCUCUAUAGCCUCCACUAGGUUGUUCCCAAAUUCUGCCUAGGCUUCUCCUUGGUCCCUUCCUGCUUGUCUUUAAGUUUUCUCUAGUCUCAAUUUAAACUUUCUCUCUAGGUUCUUUUUAAGCAUGUAAACCGGUGCCCAUGAGUUCUUCAGUGGCCAUUUAAUCUGCCCAUCACUGAUGUAAAUAUAUUGUAUCAUGAAAGAUAAUCAAUAUUAAGAUGUUUAUUGUAUAAUA